AAAAAACGACACGUAUACUGCUUGUAUGUGAAUCUGUGAUAAACUAAACCAACCACUGCCGCUAAUUCAAUCAUGUCGGGAAGAAGAAGAGCUUUGCAACGGGAGCCUGGGUCAUCGGAUGACGAAAGCAAAGGUUCUUUCCAAAAAAGGAGGAAAGUUACUGAAUCUUCAGAAGAAAUAGAAAGAAGAUUGGAGUCCCUGAUUUGUAGAGUGGGAGAAAAAAGUUCAUCUUCCUUGGAAAGUAACCUCGAAGGUUUGGCUACUGUACUUGAAGCCGAUUUGCCAAAUUUCAAGUCGCAAAUAUUACAAAUUCUUGUUUUGUGCUCCUAUCAACUGCCAGAAAAAUGCACAAUCUACACAACCCUGGUUGGUUUGUUAAAUGUUAGAAACUAUAACUGUGGUGGGGAGUUUGUAGAAAUGAUGCUCCGUGAAUUGAAGCGUCUUAUUUCCACAAACCAAUUUAAAUUUGCUCAGUUUAUGAUCCAGUUUCUGAGUGAUUUGGUAAAUUGCAACGUAGUGACACCAUCAUCAUUAAUCGCAUUGUUCAACAGCUUCAUAUCAAUUACUCGCCAGGAUAGUUUACAAAGUCGAAAAGAUUGGUAUGUUUAUGCAGUGCUUGCAUCUUUGCCUUGGGUGGGCUCGGCACUGUCUGAAAAGCAUUCGAUUGAGGUUUCAACAAUAUUUGAAAACAUUCGAAUGUACAUUAUCCACAGAGAUAAAAGCCAUAGAGAGUUUCUGCGCGUGUGGUCAACAGAUGAUCCUCACCCACAGGAAGAAUAUCUUGAUUGCCUCUUUGCUCAAGUUUGCAAACUUCGGGAUGAUGGAUGGAUUGAAGAUGUAAUCAUUCGUCCUUACAGAGCAUUUCCAGUAUUGGCAAAUGCACUGCAACAUGACCUGCCUGAUUUUGUUGUGCCUCCCCACAUUGCUGAAGGCUCAGUGUAUCCAAUACCACAAGUUAUCUUCAGAAUGUUUGAUUACACAGAUUGCCCUGAAGGUCCAUUGAUUCCUGGUAACCAUGCAAUUGAAAGAUGGUUGAUUGAAGAACAGUUAAGAAGCAUUGUUCGCACCUUUAACUGUGAUAAGAAAGAAUGCGCAUCAAGACUGCUCGGGUAUCCAGGAAGAGACAAAGUUCCACUUAACCACAUGAUUGUAGAAUGUUUGAUGGGGGAUAUUUUCAGGCUACCAGAGUCUCCAUACCCACUUGUAAUGUAUGCUGCUGUUUUCAUUGAAUUGUGCAAGCUACAGCCAAGUAUGAUGCCACAGGUUCUAGCAAUUGCAUCUGACAUGAUUUAUGAAAGAUUAGACACCAUGAAUAUCACAUGUGUUGAUCGUUUCGUAAAUUGGUUUUCUCAGCACCUGAGCAAUUUCCAAUUCCGUUGGACAUGGGAGGACUGGAACGACUGUCUGUCCUGUGAUCCUGCAAGUCCAAAAGCAAAGUUUGUUAAAGAGGUUUUGGAAAAGUGCAUGAGAUUAGCUUACUAUAAGAGAAUUAGUGAUUCAGUACCACCAGAGUUUGCCCCACUGCUUUAUAAUGAGCCAAAAAUAUCAUUCAAGUAUGAUUUUAAAAGUGGGCUGAAUUUAUCACAAGAAGAGCGUGCGGCUUACACUGCCUCACAAAGAGUUAUAACAGCUAUUAAAACUAAAUGCAAAGAUGAUGAGCUAAUAAUUAUACUGGAAGAAAUCCAUCAAGAAGAAGCCAGCACUGAUGGAACCACAUUCUGUUUACCUCGGUUGGAAGUUUUUCUUCAAUCUUUGCUCUUUCUUGCCCAAAAAUCAUUCAGCCAUUCAUUCAGUGCUCUUUACAAAUUCCAUAAAGUAUUGAAGUGGGCUGGAGAUGGAGAGGAGGGGAAAAUUGCUAUACUGUCCAUCACCAAAGAUGUAUGGAAGAAUCAUCCACAAAUGAUGUUGGUACUGGUGGAUAAAAUGAUCAGAAUGCAGAUUGUGGAUUGCGCUUCAGUUGCCAAGUGGUUAUUUUCUCCCAAAAUGGCUGACGACUUCACAAGAUUGUAUGUGUGGGAAAUCAUGCAUUCAACAAUUCGUAAAAUGAACAAACAUGUGCAGAAGUUAGAGGUGGAACUUACAGAAAUGAGAGGGAAGUCCCAAAUAUCAGAGAAGAAAUCCGAGGAUGAAGAAGAUGACAUUAUGAGGACAUACAACAUAUUUGCUCCAAACCAAACUGAUCUUCAGAGGAUGCAGGAUCAACUUGAUGCAGCAAAUGGGGAGCAGAAGAAGCUCUUCCUAAUUAUCUUCCAAAGAUUUAUUAUGAUUUUAAGCGACCAUCUUGUCAGAUGUGAGAGCAACAAGACAGCCUUCAAUAGUCCUUGGUACAGAAACACAAUCCAAAGAUUGCAAGAAAUAUUUCUUCUGCACAAAGAUACAGUAAAGAAGUACAUGGCCACCAUGGAGAAUCUUCUAUUUACAAUGGAUCUUGACACCAGGAUUCUAUCUGUGUUCAAGCAGUUUGCAAGCGUUGUAAAUUGAAAAAUCUUUUGUAUAUGUCACCUGUCUUCAUGCCAUGUAGUUCAGCCUGCACAAAAUAUUUCGUAAAAUGUUUAUUUCUCCUUGUAAAUUUAUUUCUAAAGUGAAAUCGAUUUCAAACUUCCUGCUUUUUGGUUCUGCUUUUAGAUUAAUCAUUAUGAUGUGAUUGUUCUAUCAGUGCUGUAAAUACAAACAAAAUGUUAAGCCAUACAACAAGACAAAUGCUGUCAUGCAGUUUUUGUAGCUCAUAUUUUUAACUCCUUUUCCAAUUCUAUAG